AAUAUCCUAUUUUCUUUCAUCCAGGCAAAGUCUAAUUUUUGUAGUUUCUAUUUGAUUAUUCAAUUCUAACGUUAGUUUAAAAACUUGGCUAUCGUAGUCUCACAACUAAUUCACAAACACCAGAAGAAAAAAACAGAUAAAAUGCUUUCGAAAACAGCAACUUGUUUGAGCCGCCAUGGCAAGAAGUUGUGCAGAAAUAUUACAUCUCGCCACAUUCAUUUAAAGAAACAAAACACAUCUAUACUUGAACAAUGUGAUAAACAAAAGAUCAGCGGCAGAAGACAUGCAUCUGAGGCCGUCCGAGGAGCAGUGUUUGGAAUUGACUUGGGAACAACAAAUUCUUGUGUUGCCGUAAUGGAAGGAAAGCAAGCUAAAGUUCUUGAAAAUGCUGAAGGAUCUAGAACAACACCAUCUGCGGUUGCAUUCACUGGUGAUGGAGAGAGAUUAGUUGGAACACCAGCCAGAAGACAGGCAGUCACAAAUCCUGGCAACACGUUUUAUGCUACAAAGCGUUUAAUUGGAAGACGGUUUGAUGAUCCACUCAUACAAAAAGAAGCGAAAACAAGCCCAUUUAAAAUUGUCAAAGCAAACAAUGGAGAUGCUUGGGUUGAAGGCACUGAUGGAAAACGUUAUUCUCCUUCACAAAUCGGAGCAUUCGUGCUUAUGAAAAUGAAAGAAACAGCAGAAAGUUACUUGAACACACCAGCGAAGAAUGCAGUCAUCACUGUACCUGCUUAUUUUAACGAUUCUCAAAGACAGGCAACCAAAGAUGCUGGACAAAUUGCUGGACUGAACGUGCUUCGCGUCAUUAAUGAACCAACAGCAGCCGCUCUUGCUUACGGACUCGAUAAAGCUGAAGAUAAAAUUAUCGCAGUGUAUGAUCUUGGUGGUGGAACUUUUGAUAUCUCAGUUCUUGAAAUUCAGAAAGGAGUUUUUGAAGUAAAAUCUACCAAUGGAGACACAAUGCUUGGUGGUGAAGAUUUUGAUAAUACAUUUGUGGAGCACCUUGUGAAGACAUUCAAGAAAGAUCAGGGAAUUGAUUUAACAAAAGAUGCAAUGGCAAUGCAGAGAGUUAAAGAAUCUGCUGAGAAAGCCAAGAUGGAACUUUCGUCUUCUUUACAGACUGACAUCAACUUGCCGUAUUUAACUAUGGAUCAAAGUGGACCAAAACAUAUGAAUUUGAAAAUGACUCGAGCUCAGUUUGAAAACCUUGUUGGAGAACUGAUCAAAAGAACCGAAAAGCCAUGCGAAAAAGCAAUUCAGGAUGCCGAUGUAUCAAAAGGUGAAAUUAAAGACAUUAUUCUUGUUGGUGGAAUGACCAGAAUGCCAAAAGUACAGGAAACUGUUCAGAAAAUAUUUGGAAGAGCUGCAAGCAAAUCUGUUAAUCCUGAUGAGGCUGUUGCUAUGGGGGCUGCUAUUCAGGGUGGUGUGCUUGCUGGAAAUGUCACUGAUGUUUUGCUGCUCGAUGUAACUCCACUUUCUCUUGGAAUUGAAACACUAGGUGGAGUUUUCACAAAACUUAUCCAGAGGAACACAACCAUACCAACUAAAAAGAGCCAGGUCUUCAGCACAGCAGCUGAUGGACAAACGCAAGUUGAAAUCAAAGUACACCAAGGAGAGCGUGAAAUGGCUCUAGACAACAAGUUGCUCGGUCAAUUUCAAUUGGUCGGAAUUCCGCCAGCACCUCGUGGUGUACCACAAGUUGAAGUUACUUUUGACAUUGAUGCAAACGGAAUUGUCAAUGUUUCGGCAAGAGAUAAGGGAACUGGUCGUGAACAACAAAUUGUUAUUCAAUCAUCUGGAGGACUUAGCAAGGAUGAUAUUGAAAAUAUGAUUAACCAAGCGGAAAAAUACGCAGAUGAGGACAAAAAACGAAAGGAAACUGUUGAGAUUGUGAACCAAGCUGAAAAUGCGAUUCAUGAUACAGAAACUAAAAUGGAGGAAUUUAAAGAUCAACUUCCGGAAGAAGAAUGUAAAAAUAUCAAAGAAGAAAUUGAAAAGGUCAAAACAAUUCUUGCUAACAAAGAAAACGAAUCAGUUGAAACAAUUAGAGAAGCUUUCUCUAGCUUACAACAAAAGAGCUUGAAACUUUUUGAAAUGGCAUACAAGAAAAUGGCAGCUGAUAGAGACCAAGGUGGUGACGCUAGCUCAACUGAAAGCUCAUCUAGUACUGCAGAGGAAAGUACCACUGAACAAUCUGACGAGGAUAAAAAGAAGCAGCAGCAAUAGAGACACCACUUGUAAAAAAGUUGUAAAUUUCUGGCAUGUACUUUUCAAAUGUGAAAUAAUAGUCGAGAACAGAUGUCUCGCCCCAUAAAACUUUGGUCCAUUUUUGAAAUUUGUGAAUACAAUUUAUGAAAUGAUGAUCAGAAUGACCUUUGCUUCAGGACAUUGCCUUAUCACUUGUACAGUUUAAUCUUGUUUUCCAGCUUGUUUUAAUUCUUAUUUUGUUUUGAACAUGAACGUGGGAAAUCAUUUUCCAUUUGGAUGAAGAUUUGUUGUGUCAUAAUCAAAAUGUUCUGAUAAAUAUACUGUCCUAAAAUUUUUAAUGUUGUGCUGAA